UACAAAACCGACGUCCCGACUGAAUAUGCACAGGGUGGUGAAUACAAGGGCCCCGUAGCAACUAAAUUGAUGAACGAUGCAAUAGUAAUUGGUGAAAUGAUCCGCAUAGCACGUGAAAUGGUGCAGAAGGCUUCGGAUGAGGAGAAGAACUCACAGUAUUUCAAGGAUAGCUUGGUUGCAGCGUCAAAAAUUAUUGGUGUAACGAUUGAGUUGGGUGGGAAGUUGCGUGACAAGUUGCCUGAGGGAUUGCAACCUGAAACUGACCCGUUUUGGUAUAAGGACGAAGUUCACGCUGCUGUUGAUGCAGCCUCAGUUGAAACUUUGCCAAAUAAAACACGUGACAUGCCUGAGAAUGUUGAUAUUCCAAGUUUCUCCCUGAACGUAACACAGGAAUUCGAAAAUGCUCCUUCCAAUGUUGAUGUUAUGGGUGGUAUUGGAGCUGAAACCCAUGAAGGCAUCGGUAGCAGAGUGGACGUUGGUGCAACAGCUGAAGUGACUGAGGAUGUUACAGAAGAAAAUGAAGGAGCAAUUCCAAGGGGGUCGGGUACUGGGAUUCAGAAUGACGAAGUAAUGGACAUAACUAUCACGACGGAUAAGGAUGUGGUUGUCGAUGGAAGCGUAAAUGUUGGACAUGGAGGGAUGGAAGAUUCCCUGCUGGAUGAUGUCAAUGAACAGGAAGAAAUUGCUUGUGACAUAGCCGUCGCAAAGAAAUUGAAGAGUGCGGCGACUGACGAUGGUGUUUCAGCAAAGAGCGAUGAGAAUUUAAUUGCCGCGAAUAAAAAAAAUGCAAAGGAGCAAGGCAGGGAUGUUAGCGGCGUUGUUGUGGAGAAGAUAGAGGUCAGGCAUUCUAAUAGGGUUCAGGGAAACUUUGGGCGUGAUGCCAACAAGAAAUUGAUGAAUGCUACAACAACAAAAUCUGGGGUAAAGGUGGCAUACCCUAAGAAGAAAUGAAAAAAUUCGAUAUGGUUGUAUGUUAAUUAUGUAAUUCUAACAGGUUGACGGGUGUGCCAAAACAAAUUGCGUGGUGGAUCGGUUAGCAUUACAAGCCAUUGACACAAACGUAUGUGUCUUUUUGAUUUGUUUCUAAUGAUGGCUUCAUGAUGAUGUGGUGUUUUGUAUAUUAUUGGUAUUCUAUAUAUCAUAAGGUUAAAAUAUUAUCAAAAUCUUCUGAUAAUAGUAAUAUGUGCAU